AAAAAAAAAGGGUAAAGGGGUAAAGCAUCUGAAAGGUGAAAUAACUUGUUUUGCUAUUUGGUUUGGAGUUAGCGGUUUCAAAUCCAAAACGUGAGAUGAGGUGGCUUUAUAAGGGUUAGACUGUCCAAAAUCGUGUGACUGCCGCUAGGAUUCGUCUCAUCUUCUUGAACCUUCGACAAAUUAACAGGGGAAUGGAGAGAAAAGAAAAUUUGAAUAACUUCAUUGUUGGGGAUCUGCCAACAUUGAUUUACAUCCCUGACUUCAUCACCGAUUCUGAGCAAGCCCACCUCCUCAAUAAUAUUUACCAAGCACCUGUAUCAAAGUGGAAAUCGUUGAAGAAUAGGAGACUACAGAAUUGGGGUGGUGUUGUCCAUGAAAAGGGUCUUAUCUCACAAGAUUUGCCACCUUGGCUAGCGAAGAUUACAGAAAGAAUAUGUGAAGAAUCAGGACUUUUUCCUUCUUCAAUCAAUCAUGUUCUUAUCAAUGAAUACCUUCCGAACCAAGGAAUAAUGCCUCAUCAGGAUGGGCCAGCUUAUUAUCCAGUUGUAGCAAUUUUGUCUCUAGGAUCACCUGUUGUUAUGGACUUCACUUCUCAUUCAAGAUUAAAAUCAUGCAAAAGUACAUUGAGGGAAAAUGUUGAAGAUAAAACUUCUAAUGUAGGGGCUGAGGCAGUUGAAGGAAAUGAAGGAAUGGAUAAUCAUGGCCCUUUUUCCAUCUUGUUGGUGCCUCGCAGUUUACUGAUCUUCAAGGAUGAUGCAUAUUCAGAUUACUUGCAUGGUAUUGAAGAUAGUGUGGUACAUCGAUUUGAUCAGGUUGUAAACGAAAUUGAGGCUUUGUCCGGGUCAAGCUCAGGCCAAGCUGAAGUGGUGAGAAUUGACCAUGCCAAGAUUGUGAAUAGAAAUGUCAACAGAAUUUCUCUGACAUGUCGACUAGUAUUGAAGGUUCAUAAAAACCUGUUCAAGUUUUAAAAUGUGCUCUUAACCGUUACCAAUCUCUAGCUAGAGUGAAAGUUUGUACCAUUUGGAUAAACAUUCGUUGGACAAACUGUGCUUUCAUGAGGCAAAAAUAUCUUUAAAUGUGAUCGAUUAUUUUUCUUUUUUCAUUACAACAUUUAAGACUUUUAAUGAUUAUUUUCUUUCGACCAUGAGUAAUUUAUUGCAAAUAUUAAAUUUAUUGUGACAAUUUUUGUAACUCUAUUGUCAUAUGUAUUAAGGGAAUUAAACAUCAUUUAUCAGGGUAACAAUAAUGGAAUUUUAAAAAUUUUUUACUCUUGAAAGUCAAAAUUAAUCAAUAAAAUCAUGCAAAAUAGAGAAAAAGGUUUCAGUUAUGCAGUUGUUCCCUCUUCUGAUAAUUUUUUUCAAGAACCCUGCAAGAGAUCAUUUUG